AUGGGUUCCUUCACUGAAGUGCAGUCGAAUGGAGUGACAGCCCCGCCCUACGUCUUAUGUUUCAUUCUCAUCAUUACCGUGUCUGUGCUUUCCGACAAAUACCGCAUGCGCGGGCCCUUCUGCGCGUUAUUUGCCAUCCUUUCGGCCAUCGGAUUCAUCCUGCUCGGCACCACCGACACCGUCGGCCCUCGCUACUUCGGCUCCUUCUUGGUGGUGCUUAUCUUCGUAACCACGUCUGUGGCGCUGGUGUGGAACUCGAAUACGAACUCGACGGGCUCGAAGAAAGCUGGUGGGUUGUGGAUUAUGAUGACGGUUGGCCAGUGUGGCCCUCUGCUUGGCACCAACAUGUUUCCCGACUCGGAUGCCCCGUCCUAUCGGACCGGUUUAUGGGUCUGCUGUGCUUUUGCACUGUUAUCGGCUGCUGCGGCAUCACUGCUGAGCUUUCUACUGUUGCGCGAGAAUAAACGCCGAGACCGCAUCUACGGGCCUGUUCAGCUGGGGCAGCAGGUUGAUAUGUCGUCUGCCGAAAGCCAAGAGGCCGGUCCGCGGUACAUCAUCUAG